AUGAACACUUUGCUUAUAUUUUUCGCCAUUUUUCAAUUCUACAGCGCUGCCAAAGAAACUCGUCAAUAUCUCGAAAUAGUAGAGACCUUUGACGGAAGAAGAGUUCUGAAAAGAGCAGUUCGACAAGCUGACUUUGACGAGGAGGAGGGCUCCGGAUCCGUUGAGCAAAAACCAGCAGUUGAAAGACUUGAUGUUUUCGUCCAGAUCGAGAUGGCAACAACAAUUUCAUUCAGUCAAGCUCUCAUUGACUCAGAGUCGGCGGAAUAUCUUUCGAAAAAGGAAGAGCUCCUGGGACAGCUUCAGGACGUACUAGAAAGAAUCGCGAACAUAGAAGACGAAGCGAAUUUGCUAUUCGAAAACAUCGAGGUCGACUUUGUCGAAGCAAUAACUCAAGUCUUCCGACAAUCCACCGCUUCCACGAUGAAAGCCAUCAUUACUCUCCCGUUUCAAAUGGAGUCCAAGGAAUUUCUAAGCGAAAAUGAUAAGCAGUCUUUUGAAGACCAGCUGCUAGAAACUACCAAAAUGACUUUUACCGACAUGCUUGAAGAUGGUCUCGCAGACAAGAAGCUGAUAUCCUCCGAUCCUGAUUUCAACUUUUCCUCUUCUCCAGGUUCAAAUAGAAACUUUUGGCCAAUUUGCGCAAUUUGCCGGGAAAAGGUUAACGGCUCAAAUUCGACGAUUGGAGACAACAACGACAUCGGCUGUUUUCAAGAUGGCAGUGCUUUCGCCCAAACCUGCCCAAACGAAAAUGACAACUGCGUGACCAUCAUGAUCGCUGAAAACAACUACAACGGAGAAAUGACUUACGAAGUCGAGCGAAACUGCACGAUGCGAACUUACGACGAGUCAUACUGCUACUACAGCACCCCGAAUGAAUUUUUCCAGGAGCGAGAGUGCAGUGAUCUUUGCUUCCCAGAUCAAGAUGGUGAAUUGUGCAAUGUUGGAUUGGAGGGUGUUGCGGACAAGUUUGAGAAGAAAGAAGGAGGGGUUGAAAGCUGCAAUAAAUGCGAUAAAUACGAUAAUGAUGGUGAUAUUUCUGGCGAUAUCUGCUGCGGCCGAAAAGUCGAUGCUGAAACUUCCGACUACCCCGUUUUGUGCCCAAGAUACGCCAAUACUGCAUGUUUCUCGACUUAUGGUGCUCAAGAAGAGGGAUAA